GAAAGAGAAGGAGUGAGAGAGAGAGAAGGAGAGAGAGAAAUAUUAGUCUAGUGAUGAUCUUCACCCCUUCUUUUCUUUGACUUGUUUUUCCUCUCCUUGCUCAGUCUUUUGUAGUCGUUACAGUAAUUUUUCAGCUCGACUGUGACUCCACAUGUAAUUAAUCACCGUGAGGUCACCAUGAACGAGGAUUUUAGCUGGGUCACUAUACGCUGUGAAUAUAAAGCAGCCUAAAACACUGGAGAGCAGCCGGGUUGAAUUUUAAGUGACCACUGUCCUAAAAUCUCUCCCUCUCUCUCUCUUCCCAUCUCUCUCCAUCUCUCUCUGUCUUUCUCUGUCUCUCUCUCUCUCUCUCUGUCUGUCUCUCUGUCUCUCUCUUUCUGUCUCUCCCUCGCUCUCUCUCUGUCUCUCUCUCUCUCUGACAGUGUUAUUUGGAGACAAUGAUCAUUACCAACUCUCCACUCUCUCCACUCUUCUUUUCAGGUUUUGAUUCUCUACCAGCUCUAAAAAACGCCCACCGUGUCGUCCGUCUAUAAAAGAGCAUGUCACUAUCUGAGAGAGAGGGAGUAAAAAGUUGUUGAUAAGGUAUGUUUCCUCAGAGCAGCGAAAGGCCAUGAAGUUUAAAGUCCUGUUGUGUUUCUGUGUGCUGAGCCAAAUCCAACAGGUAUUUCUUGCAGAGAUCUUCGUGAACCUGAGCUCCUCUGUUAUCCUGCCUUGUUCGUUCUAUCUUCUAUUCAACGAUGAGUUACUCAACAUCACCUGGUCCUUCAACGGAUCCGUCAUCGCAUCCGAUUAUCACACAAACAAUGAAACUUACUUGAUCACAUCAGAAUCCCGAUCACAGGGAUUUUCCCUGAUGAAGCUUUAUAACGCUACACCACACAAUCAGGGUGUGUAUGAGUGCCAUGUGCAGACCAAUCUAACCAAUCAGGUCAGCAAUGUCACACUGAACAUUUUAGCUCCACCAUCCAUCUUCGUGCCUUCUCCAGAGGUGGUGUUGGGGCGAGAAAGCUUAGUAGAAUGUUGGGCGAAAGGCUUCAGUCCUCCUAACAUCACAUUCUCCUGGAUGCGAGCAGGCAAAGAGAUCAGAGCUCCUCAAAAAUCCAAAACAAUCCACACAGAGGAUGGUUUAUAUGAAGGUGUCAGCAAGCUGGUGUUCAUUCCCGAACUUGCUGAUCGAAAUACUACAUACGCCUGUAUGGUGAACCAUGAAACUCUGGAGAAACCGCUCGUGAGGGAAUUCAGAAUGAACAUCACCAUCGUCCCCAAAGUCAGUGUGUCCUUUGUGCCGUCCUCUUCGCGCUCAUCCGCACUCACUUUGGCGUGCGAUAUCAACGGGUUCUACCCACAGGAUGUGUCUGUGCUGUGGCUCAGGAAUGGUACCGUCCUGCCCGAGACUCCUCAGAUCCAACAGAACCAUGAUGGAACGUACAAAACGCGUCACUUUCACACUCUCAGCAUAGAGGAGAGAGAAAGAUCUGGACAAGUACUAUGUGUGGCUCAACAACCUCAUGUUUCCCAACCAGCUUUGAGCUCCAUCGACCCAUCAGCUGCUGAUUCGUUAGUGCAGAAACUCGUUUUGACUAAAUCUGCAAAAGCGUCAGUGGCAAUGAUGAUCAUCUCCCUGGUACUCGUUCUUCUGCUUUGCUUUGGCUUCUCUUGGAAGAGGAGAGAUGAGAAACAGAAAAGUUUAAGCGUGUCUUGUAUCAUCCUGCCCCCGAGGGUGGUGGUGGGACAGAAAGGCCGGGUCACCAUCAGCAUAGAAGGCAGGAGAGCAGAUCAAGUCCAAACUGUCUGGUUUCUUAACGAUGUCCCUAUCACAGAUACGACUUAUGCAGAAAGCAACAGCUCUAGGAGUCACACACCGAGGACAUCGCGUCUAUCAGUGCUGUCAGAAAAAGCCCCUUUGCUGACAUCAACUGCUUUGGGAUAUUACAAACUGCACACCCGGAAGCCCCUGCACUCGACCGGCCCCAACAAACAACUCCUUUCCUCCUUCACCUUCAUCCCUAACCUGUCUGUUCAUAAAGGGGCCGUCUUCAAAUGCCAAAUCUCCUAUAAAGGGAAAGACAAGAUAGUGAUGGAGAGAGUGUCAGAGAAGUUUACUGUUCUGUCUCAACCCGAGGUCUCAGAAAUCCGACUAUCCGAACCAAAUGAAGAGACAGGUAUUGUGGUACUGACUAUCGAAGCCUCCCACUUCCACCCCGACGUCAUCACCUUCCGCUGGUUCUGUGAAGGAGGAGAGUUGUGUCCUGUCGCCAUCCCAGCAGCCCUGGCAGCACCACGUCCGGAUACCCAAGGCUUCUUCUCAGCCCGGAGCCAGUGCAGGUUACCCAUGUUUGAGCUGGAGAAAGGAGUAACUGCAGUGUGGGUCACCGUCCAUCACAUGUCUCUAAAACAGCCAAUCACACGAAAGACCAGAGGGUUUACAAAGAAGCCCAUUGUUUCGGAAAUCAGCUGUGCAUCAAGCCCACAACAAGAGCAUUUAUCUCUGGCCUGUAGUAUCGCAAGUUUCUACCCUCCUGACAUUACAGUGAAAUGGCUGAAGCAAACCAACAAUCGCGAGAUGGAAAUUAAGAAAGAGGAUGCACUGAUGGAAGUAUGGGGGCCGAUCCAGACACAGCUGAGGACGUUUCGAGCCACGGCUGUGCUAACGGAAGUGGAGAACAAGCUAAAGGAAGUAGAUAAGAUUGUGUGCAGAAUCGAGCACUGCUCUCUGCUCGAGCCCAUAGAGCGAGUCUGGACAAACUCUCCCUUUGUGGCUCCCUCCAUCCCUACAUCCUUGUCUGUUAGCUGGAAUAAUGAUGGUGUAGGGGUGUUUUCCUUGUGCCUGUCUGGUGGCGUUCCACAGCCCAGGCUGCAGUGGGCUGCAGGGGGCGCCACUUUCAUCCCACUCAUCUCCAGAGAGACAGAGAAAGUGACAGACAGAGAAGGAAGAGAGCUACACAGCGUCUGUGCUUUGCUGAAGUCUGCAUUACCACAAGGAAGUGAAGCCAACAUUCUAAAUCUGGAUUCUCAGUGUCCAGUAUUGCAAAGUGAAACAAAUGCCAGUGAACAAGGACAAAAGCAGCAAACAGAAAGAGCUGCAGAGACACCAGACUUCACACAGGAGACCACAAGGGAAGCUGUGCAAACUGAACAUGAGUCUUUGUACAUAAACACCGUAUAUGUGGUGGGAAAAGGAAAACGGGUAGAGAGAGAGUGUCUGAGAGUCACAGUGGAGAUUUCCCAUCCUGCACUUCCUCUGCCUGUGUACUGCACCUGGACAGAGCCUGGAGAGAAUGUACAGGAGUAACAAUGAAGUAAAAUGAUCUUUAAAAAUAAAUACAUACAUACAUACAUAAAGAAAUAAAUGUUUUUUGUUUGUUUGUUGUUGUUUUUUUUUGCCUUUUUUUUAACUCAUUUUAACUCAAUUUACAGUACAGACCAAAAGUUUGGACACACCUUCUCAUUCAAAGAGUUUUCUUUAUUUUCAUGACUAUGAAAAUUGUAGAUUCACACUGAAGGCAUCAAAACUAUGAAAUAACACAUGUGGAAUUAUAUACGUACAUAACAAAAAGGUGUGAAACAACUGAAAAUAUGUCAUAUUCUUGGUUCUUCAAAGUAGCCACCUUUUGCUUUGAUUACUGCUUUGCACACUCUUGGCAUUCUCUUGAUGAGCUUCAAGAGGUAGUCACCUGAAAUGGUCUUCCAACAGUCUUGAAGGAGUUCCCAGAGAUGCUUAGCACUUGUUGGCCCUUUUGCCUUCACUCUGCGGUCCAGCUCACCCCAAACCAUCUUGAUUGGGGUCAGGUCCGGUGACUGUGGAGGCCAGGUCAUCUGGCGCAACACCCCAUUACUCUCCUUCAUCAGCCCUUACACAGCCUGGAGGUGUGUUUGGGGUCAUUGUCCUGUUGAAAAGGUGUUGUGUCCAAACUUUUGGAAGGUGUGUCCAAACUUUUGGCCUGUGCUGUAUAUGUGUGUGGAUUUUUUUCUAACAAUAUAUUUGUUUUAGUUAAAAAAUAACUUAUUUUUGUGUGUGUGUUAAUUUAUAAGGAACAUUCUGUGUUUAUCUGCACUGUUGUAACACUUUUCAAUGGUGAUGUGUUUUAAUGUGUAACACUCCUGUAUGAGAGCAGUGUGUAUGUGUUGGGGUUCAGGGACUGGGUGGUUUAGGGCAUGUUAGGGCAAUAAAACUUUGCAAAAAUUUGGAUCUAAAGUGCCUUUCUUGGAUCACGGUGAACUGGAAAGUGGAGGUUGUUGUUUAUGAAGCAUCAAACUGAAUGAAAGUAGCAUAACUGAUAAGUAAAAAAAUAGUUUUGAAAAAUGAGUUUAUUAAAAUGCUUUGUUUAAUAAAGAUGGAUAAACUGAAAUAUGCAAAUAAAAACAUA